AGAUAAAGAAAAAAAAUGAGACUAGUAAUCCUUGAUGAUGCAGAUCAAGUUGCUGACUGGUCAGCCAGGUAUGUCAUCAGCCAGAUAAAUAAGCUAAAUCCUGGACCAGAGAAGUUUUUUGUGUUGGGUUUGCCCACAGGUGGGACACCUUUAGGAAUGUAUAAGAAAUUGAUAGAGUACCAUCGCCAGGGCAAAGUUUCUUUCCAGUAUGUAAAAACAUUCAACAUGGAUGAAUAUGUGGGCAUUCCCAGAGAUCAUCCUGAGAGCUAUCAUUCAUACAUGUUCCACAACUUCUUCAAACACAUUGAUAUUGAUCCAAAGAAUAUUCAUAUUCUGGAUGGCAACGCAGCUGAUUUGGAACAAGAGUGCAAUGAGUAUGAAAAGAAAAUAAAAGAAGCAGGGGGAGUGGAGCUAUUUGUUGGAGGAAUAGGACCAGAUGGUCACAUUGCCUUCAAUGAGCCAGGAUCAAGUUUGGUUUCAAGAACUCGUGUGAAAACAUUAGCAAGGGAGACUAUUCUUGCUAAUGCAAGGUUUUUUGACAAUGAUCUCUUGAAGGUCCCUACACAGGCAUUGACAGUUGGAGUUGGAACUGUGAUGGAUGCCCGAGAGGUGAUGAUUCUCAUUACUGGUGCUCACAAAGCUCAUGCUCUUCACAAAGCUAUUGAGGAGGGUGUAAAUCAUAUGUGGACUGUGUCAGCUUUCCAGCAGCAUCCACGAACAUUCUUCAUCUGUGAUGAAGAUGCAACACUAGAGCUGAAGGUCAAAACAGUGAAGUACUUCAAGAGUAUCUGUUUGCUAUUUUUAUUUGAAAUGGAUGUGCCAUUUGUGGCUGGGAAGCUCAUUGGAGUUUUCUCUGCCUGCCAGGAUAACACUGAUUCCACAAGGCUUACAAUGACACGUCAUGCAAAGAAUGCAACAGCCAGUCAGGUGUACACAUACCAUGAGAAGAAGAAAGAUGCUCAAGCAUCUGGGUAUGGGAGUCAAUCUAUGCGCUUUGGGAAAGAGAGCAUUAAGGAUUUUGAUUGCUGCUGCCUUACACUUCAGCCUUGCAGGAAGCCUGUAGUCACGCCAGAAGGAUACCUUUAUGACAAGGAGAGCAUCUUGGAGUAUAUUCUCAAGAAGAAACGAGAGAUUGCUCGUCAGCUCAAGGAAUACGAAAAGCAAAAGGCCAAUAAUGAGGUGGACAGUAGACAGAAGGGCAUGGAAGUAUCACAGGAGGUGGUAAGAGAGAUCUCAACCAAAGAAGGCAUCAUUGCUCAGAAAAAAGGGGAGCCUGGCAUGAGCCAGUCAGUCUCAAACAUGGCUGUGGGAAAAAGUUCUCAGCUGCCUAGCUUCUGGAUUCCUCAACUCACGCCUUCAGCAAAAGCAGGGAAGAUGAAAAAACCGGACAAAACCAUAUCCUGCCCAAUGAGUGGACAGCCCUUAAAAACGAAGGACUUCAUCGAUGUUGUAUUCACACCAGUGAAAGAUCCUGAUGAUAAGAAGAGUCUGAUUGCAAAGCAAAACAGAUACAUGUGUCCUGUGACACAUGAUAUUCUGACCAAUGCAACACCUUCUGCUGUUCUUCGACCUACAGGCCAUGUGGUGACAAUGGAAUGUGUGGAGAAGCUUAUAAAGAAAGAUAUGUUACAUCCUCUCACUGGACAGAAACUCACAGAGAAUGACAUUAUUCCACUUCAAAGGGGUGGUACUGGCUUUGCUGGCACGAAUGAGAAGUUGGAAGCAAAACAAGCCCGACCUGUUCUUCAGGCCUAGCUGAUUAUUAAUAUAUCCAUCCUCAUUGCAGCAUGAGAAGUAUGCCCAUGAGUAUAGCCCGCUGUCACCUAUGAGGGGCUGAUUAGAUCACAUCUGAAAAUCUUGUCCCAUGGAUAUCAUUUUUACACAUUGUUACAGCAAUGAAAAGUUCAUGUUCUCUUUUAUUAUAAAUCAAAACGAAUC